ACCAAGCACCUUCAUAUAUUGAUAGAAGCGAUUUACCUUGUUUUUAAGUAUGAAGAAGACAGUUUUUACUCGGUUUGUCCGGAAGUACUCGGUGCGUAUAUGGCAGAGAAGUCUGGCCACGUGAAAGUGGCCGAGGACCCUUUUUGCGGCGUGGGCGGCAACGUAAUUCAGCUUACCAGACGGUUCGACGACGAAGAGAACAGUAACAAUAUGCCUGCAGAAGCCGAAAUAUCCUCGCCAUCCGCUGAGCAACUGACGAUGCAAAAAGUAUUCGCCGACCUUAGAAACUGGUCGGCAGACUUCGAGAAGUUGAACUGUAGCGGUGAUUUCGUCGGGCUGAAGGCAAAGAGGCGAUCUACAUCUAUGCCUAACAUAUCGUCGACACGUCUCGUUGACGUGAUAUUGGCGCAGGACGGUAUAUUUUGUCGCGGUCAGUCGCCGCAAGUCGAGGCGGUUCCGAACGACGAACAAAGUAUAAUUCAGCAUGCGGAUCAUCUGAUAUUGGCGCAGGGCGGUGACUGUCGCGAUGAGUUGCCGCAAGUCGAGGUGGUCCCGGAUGACGAACAAAGUAUUCAAAAUACGGUUCAACCAGAUCAUCCUAGAACGCCAACGGAGGAACAAAGCACAGGCGAAUUAUCGAAGAAACGCAAACGUCCAUCAAUGUGGAAACGAACAAAGCGUUUCUUCGUCUACUUGUUCACUUGCGGCUAACUUCAACUUCAGCUGAACAAGCGGACGAAGAAACACUUUGUCCCUUCCCACAAAUAUGGGCGAUUGUGUUUAUCCGCUGAUUUGCGAGCUCUGUAUUCCUCCAUGGCUGUUCUAGCACAGAUUAUAUGAUUUUCAUAUAAUAUUAUAAUCUGUGAUUCUUGUAUAUGAUAUUGUUGCACCGUAUUGUGAAUUUUUUCUAUGUUUCAGUGUUUUUGUGUAUAACUAUUCUACCGAAAUUUUAUAAUAAUAGUUAUAUA